GAUACGCAAUCACAGCGAGACGGCAUAAACCGCUCGGCGCCACGCCGGUUGCCUGCUGCAGCCCGCCUGGCGGCCGAGACCGGCUGUGAAGUGUGAGGGCGGAGAUCCACGAGAUGACGAGUCUGCUGCAGGCCAUUACGCCGGGCGGCCGCGGCGGGCUGACUAGCCAUGCCGCCGGGGCCGGAACGGGCAGCGGCGUGGGCGGGCUGGGGUCGGCCUCUGAGCCGGCCAGCAUGAGGACAGCCAAGAUGGCAGCCGAGGCCGAGGACUUCUCACGGCGCAUGUCCGAGUUCGAGUACGGCCUGGCCACCUUCCAGCGGGCCACCGUGGACUUCCUGGAGGGGCUGCUGCCCAUGAUGUCCGCCCCCCUGCCCCGCGUGUGGGACCAGCUGCCAGACGGAGGGCUGGCGGAGCCCGUGCGGGCGCGGCUCUCUCACGGCUACCCCUCCGAGCUGCUGGGCGCGGGCGACUGCGACGCCAACGGACUGCGGGCGGCGGCGCUGGAGCUGGAGCGGCGGCUCACGGUGGGCGUGGGGCGGCCGCUGGCGCAGUGGCGGGAGGCGCUGGCCACGGCGAGGAACAGGCUGCCCGAGGUGGAGCGCCUGCGUCGCGACCUGGACCGCGAGCAGGGCGGCCUGGACCGCACCUUCCACAAGGCGGAGCGCCGCCACCGCCUCCAGGAGGGCCUGCCCGAGGGGGGCGGCGGCGGGGGCGGCAUGAGCGGGCUGCUGUACAGGUGCACCCACCCGCGCUCCACCUCGCCGCUGCCGCCCACCCGCAGCACCGGCCCCCGGGUGGCGGCUGCUGACGCCGCCAUUGGAGGCGGCGGCGGCGGCGGCGCUACUGCCGCCGGCGAGGAGGCGCUGGCUACUGCCGGCGGCGGCGGAGGGCCGCGGCCCUUCAGGGAGGAGUUCCGGGUGGAGGACCGCAACAUGAAGACCGUGUACCGCGCCCGCCGCAAGGAGGCCGUGCUCAACAGCUUCCUGGAGCAGGAGGGUCUGCUGUGUGAGCAGUUGGGCGGGCUGUGCCGCGACGCCUCCUGGCUAAAGAGCUACAUGGUGGCGGGGCUGGUGGCAGCCAAGGAGGCCAUGCAGUCCGCCACCUACUACCUGGGUUCCACCAAGCAGCCAGUGCCCGGCCACCCGCCGCCGCAGCCGCACGGCCUGAUCGAGGGAGCGGCGGCGGCGGCCGGCGCCGCCGUCAGCGCCGUCACGGGCCGGGGCGCCGCCGCCGCGCGUGUGCCGGGCGGUCCCGUGGCGAGCAACGAAGCGCUAAUCCGCGUGAUGCCCAAGUACCUGCUGGACCGCCCCACCCGCGCCGUGGCCCUGGAGCGCCUGCGCGGGCGGCUGGGGCGCGACGGCCUGCACGCACACCGGGCUGUGGCGUCGCCGCUGGAGCUGCACGCGCGCGGCGACGUCAGCGGCCGGGAGCUCGUGCCGCCGGUGCGGCGCGGCGCGGCGGACAGGCCGCUGGGUGCCCACACCGAGUCCCUCCUGCCCCACACCGGCAGUGCAGGCGGCCGCGCCGCCGCCGCCGCCGGCGGCCCGGCGGGCGCCGCCGGGAUGGCUGAGAUGGCGGCUUCGCCCGCCGGCCCCGCCGCCGUGUCGGGUGCGGGGCUGGGCAUGGAGGAUGAGGUGGUGCCCGGGGGGGCGGGCGUGGGGGGCGUGAAGGGAGUCACAGGCGCAACCACCGGCCCAGCCACGCCGGCCAAGCUGGCGCUUGUGGGAGACACGAUCCUGCCGGUUGGCGUGGGGGCGGUGUGAGCGAGAGGCGGUUUGGAAUGGGGCGAGGCGGAGGACGGAGUGAGGAGGUCCAGGAGGAGGAGGAGGAGAAGGGGAUGAGAUAUGGGUAGGUGGAAGGUUGAUGGGAGCAUGGCCGCGGGUCGUAUGCAGCCAUGGUGGGAGUGCUUCUUGCCUUAUGCCAUGGUGGGGGUGCUUCUUGCCUUGUGCCUCGGAAUGACGGCGGGAUGACGAGGGCGAGGAACAUGAAAGUUGGUUGUGACAGCGAACUAGUGUGGCAGGUAGUGCCGAACACAUGGGAUGGGGCUGCCAGGAAGGCCGCUGAGAGGGCAUGAAGGGCGGGGAGCGUCCAGAAAGGGUGGCGCGGGCUCACGCGUGUGGCGCACCCCACCCCUGACCGGUCUGAGUCGUCUUCAGCGUCUGAGCUGUGGGGUGGAGGUGGACUGAUGAAUUGGGGCGCCAUGGAGACGGGGGGGGGAGCGGUUCGGGGGAGGGGGCCAUCGCAGAUGUUGAGUUGCGUUGUUGACGUUUGUGGGCCUUCAAUGGUGGCGGCUGACCAAAAUGGGCAAAGGCCGAAGUAAG